UUUCUCCGUAACUGCCAAAAACCAGUUACAACUAAUACCACUCCUGAUGAGAGGGAACCAGCGACUGGUUCUGCUGUUAUCCCUACAUUCAGGGUGUUACGGAACCCAUCAAGAGAAUUUUGAAUAGCAACGACGUUAAAGUUGCUCAAAAACCUUUUCAGACUUUGGGGCAUAUUUUUGCCAAACCUAAGGAGCCUGUUACGAAAGAA